CGGCAAACAGGAAGUGGCGUACAGGGAUCCGUAUAAUUCCGUCGUCGCUUUUCUUCGCAGCACAUUUUAAGGAAAUAUUUAGAUAAUUUUCUGUUUAAUAAUUUAAUCAGGCAAGUAUACAAAUCUGAUCAUUAGACGCGUUGGGUUAGUAAGUGUUGGAUUAGCGCGUUGGAGCCGCGCUGAGGGCGUGAACAGGCCGGGCUGGUGGAGGUUUUGUGUGUCCGGCUGAUGUAGCGCUAAAUUCGGCUCCCCUCGGAAAAGUGCUCCGCUGGUGUCCGCUGAACACCUCCGCGGAGUUUCAGCUGCAGCGAUUCACACUCUAUAACCCCAAACCGCUGCUUUAUAAUCACUGCAUUAUACUGCAUUCAUACCGCAUUCAUCACUGUUCUUACCGGAGGAUUUAACCAGGAAAGAUGAGCUUCAACAGGUUUGAUGAGGUAGAGAAGUUUCUUCGAUUUGGGACCUUCAACCAUGAGAAUAAAAUCUAUAAAGGAGCUGUAAGGCGGAGCAGUAAGAAGUUUCGUUGGGCUGGUGAUGCUUUAUGGUACAUAGAUGGCAAACGCCAACGAAAGGUGCUCCGCAACGAGGAGGAGGUGAAAGCAGUGCUGAUAGAACAACAUAACAACUGUAAUCAUGCCGGACGCAAGAGGUGCUUGAAAGCCGUUACUGAUCUCUAUUACUGGCGCUCCAUCUCCAGAGACGUCACUGAUUGGAUCGACAACUGUGAGGGUUGUUCCCAUCCCACCAAUCCUGCCAUGCGCGUGCAGUGCAUUGUUCCCGGGUGUGAGAGCUCAGGGAUGGCUGAUAACGAGGAAGAGGUCACUUUUCAUCGGUUUCCGUUUGGUGAGCCGGAGAGACUGAAAUGUUGGAUCAGCUUCGCUCACAGGGAUCGCUGGUCUAUCCACAACAGAUCGGCUAUGUGCUCCAAACACUUCACAGAGGACAGCUUCGAACAGGACGGAGACGUACUUUGCCUUAAACCGGAUGCUGUGCCCACAAUCGAACCAUCGGCGUAUCAACAGGUCAGUAAUGAAUGCUGGGUUGGCGUCUCCAUGGAAUCUAUGAAGAAUGAACCCUUGGAGGAGUACGAUCUGGAGCAUUCAGAGCACCCGUACUCCAAAGGUAAAACUGUGCAGACCAGCACAGAUGGAGGCAGUAUGAACAGUUUCCUGUUUCUCUCCACCUCUGAGCCUGUUUUCAGAAAGUACGAUGCGCUGGAGAAGUACCUGCGUACAGGUGUGUACCGCAGUAUGCCUUACUGCAGGAAAGGUGCUAUCAAAAGAUGUGCCAAGCGCUUCUGUCUCCAAGAUGGAGUUUUGCAUUACCGGCAUGGCUCCAAGCUUCGCAGAGUUCUUCGCAGCCGGGAGGAAGUGAUUUGCGUGCUCAGGGAGCACCAUGACAAAAGGGGCCACUUUGGUUUGAAAAGAUGUUUGGGCUCCAUCUCUGUGCUGUAUUACUGGGGCACUAUUAACAGGGACGUUGAGGAGUGGAUUGGAAAUUGCCAGUUCUGUAUGGAGAUGGACGAAGCGACACAGAAGUUCCGCUGUUCAGUUUACAGCUGCAAUAAUUACAACGGGCCUUUGGAGAGGACACUGGGCCUGACCUUUCACCGAUUUCCUUUUCAUGAGCCGGAGCGAUUAAAUCAGUGGAUCAGAAACCUGCACAGAGUGAACUGGCAGCCGCGGCCCCGGUCUGUGGUCUGUUCCACUCACUUUACUGAGGACUGCUUUGACCAUUCGGGAGGAUCUGUUCAGCUCAAACCUCACGCAGUCCCCACCCUGCUCCUCUGCACCUCACAGGGAAACGAAGAAGAUUCUUCUUAUAGUUUUAAUGAGAGGAGUGGUACGUUUGAGGAUGACUCCACUACCCAGCAUGCUUUUUUCUCCAAGUAUGAUGCAAUUGAGAAGUAUUUGAAUGGAAAAGGUUAUCCACCGGGACUCACUUCUGUGGAGAAAAACACAUUCCGCAGACUCUGCACCAGAUUUGCUAUUCAUGACGGUUUCCUGUUCUACACCUCGGGGAGACGCGUCCAGGAGCACGGGAGGCGCAGAGUAGUGAGGAGCAAAGAGGAGGUCCAGUCCACGCUCACUGUCUACCACGAUGACAUGAACCACCUCUCGUACGAGAAGUGCCUGAAGCUCAUCUCCAGACAUUUCUUCUGGGGCUCGCUGAAGGCGGACGUGGCGAUGUGGAUUCAGCGCUGCCACCAGUGUUCAUACCCUGACAAGCCUUAUACCAUGGAUCAGUGUCCUAGUCCUGAAACCCCUGAGGUCUCUGAACUUUUGGAGCCCAUGGAGGAGCAGUACAGUCUUGGACUGCCUGCUCAGGUGAACGGGACCGUGGCCGCUGAGAAUGAAGACGUUCCUCUCUCUGUCUCAGAGGUGGCUGUGGAGGACAGUUCAAGUAGCGCCAGGACCAAGAGUCUCCUUCACUUUCAGCCUGAGAGUAAAACUCCAGAUACACCAGUUAUUAUUAAAGAGGACCCGGCAGUAAGCUCCAGCUGUUCCCGUCAGACACCUGAAGAAUCGGCACAGAAGCAGAAAAGCUGCAGCUUGAGCGCGAGGACGGUCAUUCAGCAGUGCAGCCAUGCCUUACUGCAGGUUAAGCCUCAAAUCGCUGAUGCUGACUCGGAAUGGGUGGAGAUUCAUGAGGGAAUGGUGAUCUAUGUGUGCUUUUAUAAAGGCGCUACCAAGAAUAUCGUUCCCAAAAUGGUAAACACCUUGCUUAAUGCGAAGAUCUUCCCAGUCAGCGGUGGCAGGAAUAUAUCUGUCCUGGAGCUUCCAGGGAACGUGCUGAUAGUUCCCCAGGACACCAUGACCGGGGUGAUGAAAGGCACCCGAGUGCAGCACCACAGCGCCGUGGAGCGUUGGAAGGGCGUCCACCUUUACAAGCGUUUCGUUUAUCUGUGUGAGCAGGAGAUGGCUGCGUCUGUGAAGUGCACCGAAGCUGGAGUUACCGUUAAACACGGAGUAUACGGAAACAUGCAGACUAUGUACCUUAACAGCAACGGUCCUCUCACUCAUGUGAUUGAAUUUUAAAACCUGAAUUCUCAGAAAUGUGUUUAUGAUUAUCUUUGUGCAAGCUUCAGAUAUUCCGCUUCAGUGUUUUGAGUUCAUGUUCUAUUAAGUGAGCUAAGGUAUGUAGUUAUGGGCCAUGCGAAUGUACAUAAAUAAAAUACAUUCAUUCUUUUC